AUGUUCGGUCCAAAUCGUGCGGCCAUGUCGAUGCGGAACGACGACGAAGAGUUUAACAUGUUGCAUCGUCCACUCCGGUGUCCGAGGGGAGGAGCAGGAAGUCCUGUGCGACAAACCCUGUUUGGCUCUACGGGCUUGUGGGCGGCACCAGUGCAGGAGAACUCAUGGGUUGCGGGUUCCACCACUGCGAACGUCUCUGCCACAGUAAUGAUUGUGGACCGUGUGUUGCACCUUGUGGGAAGCUACGCAAGUCCUGCCUCCCAAAUCACCACCCAUGCACCCGACCAUGUCAUGCCCCUUCCAGCUGCCCCGAAACCGAUUCCUAACGUCAACUGCGGGCGAACAUCAGCAUCCUCCGGCUUAUCUUCUGGUUCGCAGAUGAGCUCGCAGUCUGCGCCGAAGUGCACGAGCGAUUGCCAGAUCGCCAAAAGGAACGCUCGGCUGGCGGAUGCGUUGGGCAUCAAGACGGAUGGAAGGGAUAAGGGAACCGCGGCUACCUACAAUGAUGAGCUGGUUGCGUUUGCGAGGGCGAAUGCUAAGUUUUUGCCCGUUGUUGAGAGGGCUUUUGCGGACUUUAUUGCGUCCGAUAAGAGAACCCAAGUCCUACCUCAUAUGCCUCCAGACAGACGGAAGUUCGUGCACGAUCUCGCCACAGUAUACAGGUUGGACACCCAGAUGGUUGACCAAGAACCUCAUCGAAGUGUCCAACUCCUUAGACGUGUCGAUACACGCAUUCCGGCACCCCGUCUGUCCGCCUUCGUCGCCUCAACCGCUCCCCCUCCCAGCCUAGGCAAGCUCGCCGAUCUACGUGCACUCAGAGGAGGCCAGAAUGUACCAGCAGCACCAAGCUCUUCGUGGCGUUCUACAACUGGCUCAAAUCCCAACGCCAGCCCUUCCUCCUCGAGGCCUCUCACUCCUGCUUCAGGAACCGCGGAAUCUACCGCCUCUCGAACCGCUUCCCGUGGCUGGAGUUCCGUCGCUGCCAAGGCGCCACAAAGCACGACGACUGCGAGCUCUCAGACUCCUGUGUCUGCUCCUCGAUCAACAGCGUCGUCGGCUGGAGCUGCUGCUGCUUCGCUGCCUGCUAGAACUUCCGCCUCGGCGGCUGGUACACCUCGGACAGCAUCACCAGCCCUUCCUGUCGCUGCAGAACAUGUACCAGAUAGUUGGGAAGAUGACUGA